AAGCGCGCCAUGUGGUACAAACAAGUGUUUCGAGCAGCCGUGCUGGCUGUCCUGGCCUUCCAUGCUGCUGCACUUACCAUCGCUGGCAAGCCCAAUUUGAUGAUCAAGCCGGACAAGAGGAAUACGCCGUUGCAAGAUGUGGUAACCUGGGAUGAGCGCUCCCUGUUCGUCCAUGGCGAGCGGGUGUUGUUCUACAGUGGAGAAUUCCAUCCUUUUCGAUUGCCCGUCCCGUGUCUAUGGCUAGAUGUACUUCAGAAGAUCAGAGCUCUGGGCUACAAUGGAGUGAGCGUGUACUGGGACUGGGCAUUGUUGGAAGGAAAGCAGGGUGACUUCUCGGCAGAAGGCGUCUUCGCCUUGGAGCCGUUCUUUGAUGCUGCGAAGAAAGCGGGCAUAUACGUGCUAGCUCGCCCUGGGCCAUACAUCAACGCUGAAGUUUCGGGUGGAGGCUUUCCCGGCUGGCUGCAGAGAAAUCCCGGCUUGCUGAGGACCAGAGACCCGCGUUAUCUGGAGGCAACUGACAACUACGUCCAAAGCAUGUCCAAGAUCAUCGCAAAGGCUCAAAUCACGAAUGGCGGUCCAGUCAUUCUAUUGCAACCUGAGAAUGAGUACUCUCAUGGAGCACCAGAUGCGCCAGAUUUUCCUGACUCUGUGUACUGGCAGUACGUUGAGGAUCAGUAUCGUAACAACGGAAUUGUGGUGCCGAUGAUCUCGAACGACGCCCACGCGUACGGCUAUUUCGCCCCCGGCCCGCCAGCACUGUACAAUGCGACCAUCGACAUCUACGGCCACGAUGGCUACCCAUUAGGAUUUGACUGCGCAAACCCAUACACUUGGCCGGACAAUAAGCUCCCACUCGACUAUCACAAAGUGCAUCUCAAUCAAAGUAUCAGCACUCCAUUCUCCGUCGUCGAGUUCCAAGGAGGCUCCUUCGAUCCUUGGGGCGGACCGGGCUUUGGGAAGUGCACAGAUCUGCUUGGACCCGAAUUCCAAAGGGUGUUUUACAAGAAUGUGUACAGCUUUGGAGCGACCAUCUUCAACAUAUACAUGAUCUACGGAGGUACCAACUGGGGCAACCUCGGUCAUCCCGGAGGCUAUACCAGCUAUGAUUAUGGUGCAGCCAUCACCGAAGAGCGCACAGUUGAGCGGGAAAAGUACAGUCAAGCCAAACUGCUGGCCCAUUUCCUCCAGGCAUCUCCAGCUUACUUGGAAGCAUUUGCGCAAGAUAACACGUAUGCCAAUGGUUCUUUGACUGGGAAUAGCGCAAUCGCUACCACGACCCUCCUUACCAACAGCACCAAGUUCUUUGUCGUUCGGCAUGCGGCAUACAACUCUUUGGACACGACCGAGUAUAGCAUUACACUACCAACAAGCAAAGGUAACAUUACCAUACCACAGCUGGGAGGAAAGCUGUCGCUCCACGGACGCGACUCGAAGGUGUAUGUCACCGAUUACGACGUGGGCGGAAGCAAUCUGCUCUACUCCACCGCCGAGAUCUUCACGUGGAAGAAGUAUGGCAGCCAGCGUGUGUUGCUUGUCUACACAGGACCCGAUGAGAUCAACGAACUUGCAUUUACGUCGUGCGGCGAUGCAACUGUGGUCGAAGGCUCGGAUAUCAACAUGGACAACACCAACGGAGUGAUCGUCAUGCAGUUUGCCACCAGCACGGAGAAGAGGAUCGUGUCCCUGUGCGACGGACUCAGCCUUCACAUUGUCGACCGCAACAGCGCUUACGACUACUGGGUCGUGGAAAAAGCAGCCACUCCUUCCAUCUCCGCACCCAUCGUCAAGGCUGGCUAUCUCAUCCGGAGCUAUACCAUUGAGCAAAGUGCACUCCACUUGAUUGGCGACCUCAACGCAACUACGACCAUCGAAGUGAUUGGCGGCGCACCAGAUUCCAUGACGGAGCUGACCUUUAAUGGCAAGCAGCUUCCAUUCACUGUCUCCAAAUCUGGCAUCAUCACUGCAACGGCAGAGUACGCUGCGCCGGAGUACACUAUUCCCAAACUCUCCGAACUGGAAUGGAAGGUAAUAGAUUCGUUGCCAGAAAUUCAGGCGGAUUACGAUGACAGCCUGUGGACGAGCGCGGACCUCACGUACAGCAACAACACCGCAAGAAAUCUGACGACACCUACGUCCCUCUACGCCGGCGACUACGGAUUUCACACCGGCAGUCUACUCUACCGAGCCCACUUCACCGCCAACGGCAACGAGUCCACCAUCUUCCUCUUCACUCAGGGCGGCUCCGCAUUCGGCCACAGCGUCUGGCUCAACGACAUGUUCGUAGGCUCCUUCGUCGGCGCAGAUUUAUACAAAAACACCAACGCCACCUACUCCCUCCCUCCCACUCCCGCCGGCACCAAAUGCAUCCUCACCAUCCUCCUCGACAACCAAGGCCUCGACGAGAGCGGCUCCGCCGGAGAAUCCCCCACCGUCAACCAAAAGAAACCGCGAGGAAUUUUAGACUACGACCUUCCCGGCCACGACCCCUCCGAUCUCACCUGGAAACUCACAGGCAAUCUCGGCGGCGAAGACUACCAAGACCGCGCCCGAGGUCCCCUCAAUGAAGGAGGUCUCUUCGCCGAACGACAAGGUUAUCAUCUCCCGGGUACCCCCAUCUCCACAUGGGAGAAAUCCAGCACUUCCGAAGGACUUUCUGCACCCGGUGUAGCUUUUUACGCCACAACGUUCAAUCUCGAUUUACCUGUCGGAUAUGACAUUCCUCUUUCAUUUUCCUUCGCAAACACCACUACGGAUACUUCUACUACCCUUGCAACGGCGUAUCGCGCCCAAUUGUUUGUCAAUGGCUACCAAUUCGGAAAAUAUAUUCACAAUAUCGGUCCGCAAGAUGUGUUUCCUGUCCCCGAGGGGAUUUUCAAUUAUCAGGGAGAAAAUUAUGUGGCGCUGAGUCUGUGGGCAUUGGAGGCCGAAGGGGCGAAGCUGGAAGGGUUUGAAUUGGUCGAUGGACAUCCGGUGCAAAGUGGAUUUGGAGCGGUGGGGCAAAGUCCACAGCCGGGGUGGGUGAAGCGGGAGGGGGCGUAUUAGUGUAGGACCUAGGUAGUAUAUACUGAUUGUAUCAGGGGGAAAGAAGGGGGAGGAGGAUUUGUAACAUUCCUUUUUUUUAGGUAUUUACUAUUAUUCUUCCUCUUUGAGGGAGAAGAAGAAGAAGAAGAUUUAGC